UUGAAAGUUUGUAAUUAAACCUUUCCUGUGCUUUGUGCUGCUCUCCCGUUCUGACAAAACAUUCCCUUGUUUGGCAGGAGUGAAAUGGGGAGGAGAAUUUUGGAUGCUGGAGACUAUGACAUGCAGGUGGCCAUCACAGAGGCUCUGUGCAGGAUGAUCUCGGAGAAGCAAAGAGGAGAACUGGCCUCCCAGUGGUUUUCCAUGGAGUUUGUGUCCAAUGCAUUUAAAGGAAUUAAAGAUUCCGAGUUUGAAACAGAUUGCAGGAAGUUUCUUAACCAGGUGAAUGGCAUGCUUGGAGACAAAAGAAGGGUUUUUACAUUUCCAUGUUUAUCAGCAGCUCUUGAUAAAUGUGAGCUCCAGAUCCCAAUGGAUGAAAAUCUGGAGGAAUUCUGGAUUGAUUUCAAUGUUGGUAGCAAAAGUAUCUCUUUCUAUGUGGCAGCAGAUGAUGCAGGUCACCAGUGGGAAACAGUGAUCAUACCAGAAGAAGAGGUGAACAUGUACAGCCUUGAAGAGAAAGACUCAAAGAAAUUAUUAACAAUAGAUCUCAAAAGCCCAAUGAAUGUGGGUAAUCUGGAAGGAGAGAAAUUUUCUUUGUAUUUUAAUUCCAUCUUGGAAAUCAGAGACGUAAUCAGAAAGAUUUAUGGGUUUAGCAAAUGUAAGGAUGUGAGCAAGAAGCAAACUGCAUCAAUUGCCAAAACAGCUGUACACGUCCUCUUUGAUGAGAGUGGCUCCCAGGUUACGGUCCCAGAAAGCCAGUUGUCACCAGGUUUGAAAGAAAAACCUGAAGAGGAGGAGAAACCCAGUAAAAAGAAAAGUCAGCAACUUCCUGGAAGUUUGAGGACUCAGAAUAAAAGUAACAGUCAAGAAAAAUGCAGAGGGGAAUCCUCCAAGAUCACUCCCUCUCGCACAAGGAAAGUGUCUGAAGCCUCUGUGCUUGUGCCUGGAACUACAAGAACUUCCACAAGGAGCCCGCUGAGCUUUGUCAGCACAUCCACUCCUUUUAAAGGGAGAUUUAAAUUGCCCCUGGAAAUGAUGAGCUCCACUAAGAGGUCUGACAGCAGUGCAACAAAUGAGACCAGAGCAAAGAUUUUCUAUCAGGACCCUUCUGGACAAAAACGUGCUGAAGAAGUUUUCAAACUUAUGCAAGAGGCUACAGAAGAGCAAACUUUAGAUGAAGUGUUUGAUAUCGUUCCUGAUUCUCAGCCCGUUGGAAAAAGCAGCAAACCUUUGCUGCCUGGACUUCUGGAGAGUUCUUUUGAUAAAACUGAAACGUGGAAAAAACCCACAUGUCCUGUUCCUGAGAAGAGUGGGAGCACUGGGGACAAGAAAAAGCCAAAUCCAUCAGUGGCGCGUCAGUCCCAUCCAGCCAGAGUGGCCAACACAUCUUUGCUUUCUGAGCUUUCAAAAGAGGAACCCGAAGUUCUCCUCAGAAAGGAGGCUGCAAACCCAAAACCAUCAAAGCCUAAACCAAAGUCUAAAGAAAUCACAGAUGCAGCCAAAUCACUGAUUAGUAAAAUCAGUGACAGAUACAGAGAUAAGAGCGCUGAGAAGAGCAAAGCAAGAGACUCCUUGAGUUUUAACAGGACACAUUUAAAUAAAUCCUGGGUCUCCAAGGAAGAAGUUCAGGACAGAAUCCUGAAAACCACUUCUUUUCUUAAUGUAACUGCUGGUCAGAUCAUGGAUGAUGUCUACAACUUUAACAUCAGUGGGUUUGAUGAGCCUACAAUAAAGCUUGGAGUCCAAGAAUUGCAUGUUACUCAACUGAGUGUUCACACAGAGACAACCAGAAAAGGGAAUGCAGACGUCAGUAAAUCCAGCACCGAAGUGAAAGGAAGAAAAAAAACUAGAAACAACCAAGACAAGAAGCACCUGUUUAGUGACACAGACACAGAGAACAGAGGGGAGGACAGCAAGACAGAGAUUAGUUGGCUCCAGGAAUCCAAGAGCAAACCUAAAGCCCAGAUAGUUGAUUACAGUAGGAAUAAAAAAUUAGGGAAACCAGUAAGCACAGGCAAAAACUGUGUUGUAACAGCAGAUGAAUCCCCUGAAGCUGCUUUCCACAUGGAGAAACCAAAAGGCAAGAGUGCAAAGAAGAAAAAGGUAGAUGGAAACAAAUGUAAAAACCAGAACUCAAGAACUGCUGAAAUGAUAGAACAAACCUCCAGAAAGAAACUACCUCGAAGAGCAGCAGCAGCAAAAAAUUACAAAGAGCCUUCAAGUUCUGAGUCAGAGAGUGAAGCGCAAAUUCCAGCAUGCACCUCCAAAGCAAAAAUGCAGAAACUUAUGAAUGGGGCAAUCAAGGAUUACAAGCAGCCAAAGGUACCCCAGGUUGUACCUGUGGAACCAAGGAGAGGGGAUAACUGUGUGCAGAAACCACCUGAGAAACCCAAGAACCCUGCAGAACAGAAGGAAGUGGAGAUGCCAUCAGCUGAGAGUCCUGCAUCUCUGGAGACAAUGAGAUGUGCUGAAGGACUCUCAGAAGGAAAUGUUACCCCAGAGCACACUUCCAGUGGAAGAUCUCUUGAUCUUCAGCAGUCAUCACCAGAAAACAGGGAAAUGUUAAACUCUGAGAAAGGAAUCUCUCCUGAUAAUUUCUGUUCCCAGAAUAAGAACAUUCAAAGUAUACUUGACAAUCAGUCUCCUGAGGCAACAGUUACAAAGUCAACAUUUGGAAGGAAAAGUUUCUCCCCAGUGUUGACCGAAGCAUCUCUGCUCAGCUUAACAACAUAUAAAACUGUCAGUGGCAAAAAUUCCAAGGGAGCUGGGUUGGACACCUGUAACAGUAACGAAGGUUCAAGUUUCCAGCGUUGCUUUUCGGACGUGCUUCCUGCUAAAGGAAAACCAAAAGAUCCCACUAAAGCUGUCACCAAAAGCAAAGAAGAGCUCAGCUUCACCACAUAUAAAACUGACAGUGGAAAAAAUGCAAAGGGAGCUGUGCCAGAAACAGGGAAUAAUAAUGAAGAUCCAAGUUUCCAGUAUUGCUUUUCAGACACGCUUUCUGUUAAGGGAAAACUACAAGAUAUCACUAAAGCUGUCACUAAAAGUAAAGAGGGUUGUGAACCACCAUCUCCACUGUCUGCCUCCAGUGGGAGCAAAGCACAGUCUUCAACUGAAGAACCUUAUGACCCUAGAAAUGAGUCAGGCCCAGCUGUGCAGACCUUCCUCAAACGAAGGUACCACAGUGACACCGAGAGCAGCUCUGACGAGGCACAGACCAGCAGAGAGGAGGAAAAGAAAGGAAGGAGAAGAAUCAGUUUACAGCCCAAAAAAUUAUUUAAAACAAAUGAUGCAGCUGCUUACAGAGUGUCUGAGAGCAUAUCCACUCGAUCUGUCAAUGAGCUGUCUACUUUGGAUGGGGAAUUCUGGGAACCUGGUUGUUCAACUCUAAGCAUCUGUCAGAAGCUCCAAAAAGAAUUUAGCAAGAAAAUUGAGAACCGCUCCCGGAAAAUGGAUCAUUUUAAUAAGCAAACAUUAAAAGUUGCCCAUCAGCAUUUGACAACAAUGAGUCACCAACUCCAUGAAUGCAGGACCAGGCAGUUGGACAAAUUUCAUAUUACUCUCAUUGAGGAACUUGAGAAUUUUGAAAAGGAUUCUCAGUCCCUGAAAAACAUGGAAAAAGAAUUCUUGACCUUUUGGAAAAAACAGACUAGUGCUUUGAGUACUUUCAUGAAAAAUGAGCAACAGAGAAUUCAGGUUCUUAAAACUUCAUUUGAAAAGAAUAUCUACCAUUCUGUUGACUAUGAGGAACGUGUUUUUACUUCAGAGAUGCACCUGAUGAAAGAAGACAUUAAAGGACUGCAAGAGAAACUUCUAAAAGAAAUGCAAGAAGAGGAGCUGUGCAGUGUUCGCAGAGGAUUGCAGACCCUGUUUCGAUCAAAGACUGAAUUCUGAAGGGAUGUUUCUCAGAUUCCUUCCUGAACUUUAAGGAGCAGAGCAGAGGCUGGGCUGGCUGUGCUGGAAGGAC